AUGCAUCUUCCGUUUCUUAUUGCUUUCAUAUUGCUGAAUGGUGUCGAAGUACAGGAAUCGUCCUACGCAAAUCCUUGGUACGGAACCAACUCAGCGAACAUACGUUCAGGAAUUGUCCCUGAAUGGGGUACUGCUCCAGUGAUGAACGCGGGUACACUGGCACCUUAUGUUUGUGGAUUCAAUCCUUUUACCAGAAAGUGCAUGGAUCCACAAAAUUAUUGCCCUGGUCGUUGUAUGAACUUCAGAUACACGUAUAACACUCUUUAUGACUGUCGAUGUCUUGUUGUAAAAUAG